AUGGAGCAAAGUAUCGGAGAAGUUAUCCAGAAAUUGAUCAAAGAAAAAGACGAUGCAGAACGUCAUCUGUCUGAAGCCAAAAUGAUAUAUCAGAACAAUAUCAAUUUGGUGGUACAAGAAAGAGAAGAGUAUAGGAUGAAGCUGAGGAUCGCUCAAUCCGAGAAGGUUAUAAGCGAUGAGAAGAUAUCCAAUCUUCAGAAGUUGUACAAAUUAAGUGAGAAAGAGGUUGAGAGAUUGAAAAAGGAAGUAGUUCAGCAUCGGAUGCAUCUGAAGAAUUACAAAGAAAAGGUUGAAAAAUCCGGAAAAGACAAAGAAAAGAGAUACAAACCGGUUCCCGUGAAAGAAUAUGACUCCCUUCGAAAUGCGACAGUAAUGUCGGACAGGGUUGGAAAGGGAAUUACAGCUCUGGGAACGAUCGCAGGUCAGACAACCUCAAAAUUCUUCUACCGCCACGUCUGUGAUUCCCUUGAUAAGCAACAACUCCAGAAAUUGAAAUUCACGGCUUACGAGGGAUUCCAGAUGUAUCAUAACCUGAAUUUCACCAGAAGUCAACUCUGCGGUUUGAAGAAGUGGCUGAAGAAUUUCAAUAUGUAUGACCCUUUCCCCUCAUUGAGAAGCAUUAAAGAAGUUGAGGAAAGAGUAGGAUCCAAAGAGCUUUUCACUGUCAAACAAAAGGAAUUGUCAAAUGGGAACGGAGUUGUGAAAAAAGUGACAUAUGCCUAUUUAAACAAUGUGCAGCAGGCUGUGAACGACAGAGUUCAACAAAUGUUCGAUAGUGAGAAGUUGGAAUUUGACGAAAGCACAAAAGACGGGAUAUGGGUUGCAAUUCUGGGAGACAAAGGAGGUGAUGAAGUUAAAUUGUGUAUUGCCAUCGGCAACACUUCCACCCCUAACAGUGCAAACAAUCUCCUUCCUAUUGGAAUCUAUAAUGAUGAGGAAACAGCCGAGAAAGUACUGGAAUAUUUGGGGUCAGCAAUUGAAGAACUGAAUCAAUUGGUUGAUGUUGAGGUGAAAAUUGGUGACGAAAUCGUCAGAAUUCCAGUUCAGCAAUUUCUGGUGGGGGACAUGAAGUUUAUAUAUGAAAUGAUAGGACAUCAAGGUGCAUCUGCUACGUGCAGUUGCAUGUACUGCUACAGUCCGGGGCGACAAAAAAUCAGUAACUACAAGCGAGGAGAAAAUUGCAGACCUCGCACAGAAAUUGGUUACGCCCUGGACAGUUUAAAAAGCGGCACAUCAAGAAAAAGUGUAAAAGAAUGCUCCUCUUUCAUAUUUAAACGAGUCCCCCUAGAAAGAAUUGUACCCUCCAGUCUCCAUAUUGUUAUGGGCCUAGCUCAAACAUAUGGAUUCAACAUCAUUAAGCAACUGGCCGACGACCAAGAUGCUGCUGAGUCCACCCCUCUACCCAAAUCUUCUAUGAAGCUCAAAAAAGAAGGGAAAGCAGAAGUAGAAGGAGCAGAGAAACGAGUCAUAGAGUGUGAUACACAUCUCAACUCAAUGGAAUGUGUUCACAAAUCUUAUGAAAACAUUCUUCUCAAUAAAAUCGAUGAUUCGGGAUUGGAUGAUGGAGAGUGUGCUUCCAAAUUAUGUGUAUACAAAGACUCUGCUAUGGAUUGUGCUACUUUUUUCAAUGCCAAUACAGUUAAAUGUAAUGGUUGCCAAAAAACUCACCAUUAUGUGUGCGCCGGCGCGUGGACAAUAGACGAAGUCGAGGAAAUUCAGCGACCGGGGUCCUUCGUCCAAUGCUUCGACUGUGUUGGCCUCACUCCACCGAAGAUCCUCGAGUCGUCCGAGAAACUUGUAGACAUGCUGAAAUUAGAAAGAAUUAGACUUUUCGAGCAAUCGGAGCAAGUUCGCAAGAAGUACGAAAAGAGGCUAGAAGUGUGGAAAGGAAACGGAGAUACCCGCAAAAGAUUGGAAAAAAUCUGGACAAGUCUUGGUGCUGAUAUUUCAGCACGCAAACAAGAUUUUUCCGGAAACCAUACUCUGAAACUUCUUGACGAGGCAGCAGUUGAAGAGUAUUGCUCUAUAUUAGAACAAACUCCCCAACUCUCUCACAUCAAAGGUUUUCUAAUAAACCUGGGAAAGUUCCAAAAGCUGUGCGUGUCCCGUGAAAUGAGCGAUGAUGAAAUUGAGUCUAUGGAGAUUGCUAUUGACAACAUCUGGACUCAUCUCCAACAGUUCGCCGGUCACCUCAAUGUCACUCCAAAAUUGCACGUACUCCUCGAACACACUGCUGAUUUCGUGAAAACCCACAAGACUUUAGCACGAAUCAGCGAACAGUGCAUUGAGGGGAUACACGCAAUUGUGAAUCGGUUGAAGCAGCGCUUUAGAACUGAUCGAGACGAGUCGAGACGUGUAAACUUCGUUUUUUGCUCUCUUCUUUUCAACUGCCAUGUUUUUUCCACAUGCUGA